GAGAGGAGAAAGCGCGAGAGUGUGGGAUGGCUCAUGGAUGGAUGGAUGGUUCCUGGGGUUUUACUGAACCGGAGACGCAGAUGUGAAGAGAGAGAGAGAGGGGGGAAGAGAGACAGACAGACAGAAAGAGAGAGAGAAAUUGAUAUGGCUUCCACAUGGAUGGAUGAGUUGGAUGGCGCGCUGUUAGAUAUGGACGCGGGAGGAGUGUGGAACCAGACAUGGGCGGGGGCAGAAAGUGAGGGAAGACAGGAGCCGAGAUCCAGGGUAACUAUAAGGGCGGUCACAGGUUGUCUCCUGUCCCUCUUGAUCCUGUCCACCUUCCUGGGAAACACCCUGGUCUGUGCGGCAGUCAUCAAGUUCCGCCACUUGCGUUCCAAAGUCACCAACUUCUUUGUGGUCUCCCUGGCCAUUUCGGACCUGUUGGUGGCUGCGUUGGUCAUGCCUUGGAAGGCCAUCACAGAGGUAGCCGGCUAUUGGCCUUUCGGGGAUUUCUGUGAGGUAUGGGUGGCCUUUGACAUCAUGUGCUCCACCGCCUCAAUCCUCAACCUGUGCGUCAUCAGCAUGGACAGAUAUUGGGCCAUUGCCAGCCCGUUCCGUUACGAGAGGAAGAUGACCCAACGCGUGGCUUUCAUGAUGAUCGGCCUGGCGUGGUGGUUGUCCAUCCUGAUCUCCUUCAUCCCCGUUCAACUGAGCUGGCACAGAUCUGACGUGUUACUCUCUGAACCCAACACCUCGCUCGGUGCAGUUGAUCAAGGAGGCUGCCAUUUCCGCUUGAAUCGAACCUACGCCAUCUCCUCCUCGCUCAUUAGUUUCUACAUCCCGGUGGCCAUCAUGAUCAUCACCUACACUCGCAUCUUCCGCAUCGCCCAGAUGCAGAUCAGGAGGAUCUCCUUGUUGGAGAGAGCGGUGGGACACGCUCUGAUCCGCCAAGCCCAAGCCCACCAGGGUUCCCGCGAAGCCUCUCUCAAGAGCUCCCUCAAGAAGGAAACCAAAUUGCUCAAGACUCUCUCCGUUAUCAUGGGCGUCUUUGUGUGCUGCUGGCUACCCUUCUUUGUGCUCAAUUGCAUCAUCCCCUUCUGCUCAGCUCAGCUCCACCGCCAAGGAGGACUUCCGUGCGUCAGCGAGACCACCUUUGAUAUCUUCGUGUGGUUCGGCUGGACAAACUCCUCCCUCAAUCCCAUCAUCUACGCCUUCAACGCAGACUUUAGGAAGGCAUUUUCCUCCAUCCUCGGCUGCAGUAAGCUCUGCCACAAUCACAACGUGGAGACCGUGAACUUCAGCAACGAGUUGGCGUCCCAACACCACCACCACAACACCACCUUCCAGAACGACCCGACCUCCCUCGGCUACCCCCAUCUCCUGCCCCACGUGGUCAGGCAGGCGGGGAGCAAUGAUCUGACCUUUGACAAAGUCUCGCAGAUCUCUCAGACCUCUCGCCACAUGGCCGGAGCUUUGCCGGCUGUGGUCCACGUGGACCUUGAGGCUGAACUCUCUCUGGACAAGACAAUGCCCUUCGCGCCCAAUGUGCUGGGGUGAAGGAGACUACACAAUUGCCCUGCGCUUGAUGUGUAUAACCCCAAAGCUUCUCUGAGCACUUCACAAGGCUUUGCUGCCGGGUAUAGUGACUGUGUAUUUGUAGGCAAACCCUGAUUGGAGCACAACAAGGUCCCUCAGCAAGACCAUCGUUCAAUUCAUCACUC